AUGCAGGACUUGGAAGUUCAAAAAAAUACUGUAGAGGAUGAGGCUGCGUACCUGCAAUCUAGUGAUGAACAGGGCUCGAGUUCGCAUUCUGUUAUCGAAAAGCCACAACAACAGCAACCUCAAGAACAACUGGAACAGACUAGGCCUACUGGGUUUACUCUAUAUGCAUGUGUUAUCUCAUUGAUUUUGUCCAUUUUCCUAGCUGCGUUAGAUAUUAUGAUCGUUUCGACGAUUAUUGAAAAUGUUGCCAGGGAAUUUGGUGACUAUUCGAAGACAGGAUGGAUUUAUGCAGGCUACAGUUUGCCAAGUGCAUUACUUACGCUAAUUUGGGGGCGUAUUGCAGCCGUUUGCGGUUUCAAAUCUUCAAUGUUGACAGCAAUCAUUAUUUUUGAAGUGGGCUCUUUAGUCGCUGCAUUGGCUAAUUCUAUGGAUAUGCUGAUCGGUGGUAGAGUUAUCGCUGGGCUCGGUGGUAGUGGUAUUCAAACUCUUUGUUUCGUCAUUAUUUCCACGUUGGUUGAAGAAUCUAAGCGUGGUUUGCUGAUCGCUUGUAUGGGCAGUGCUUUUGGUAUUGCAUCCGUCGUGGGGCCAUUCUUGGGUGGUGCUUUCACUACGCACGUUACUUGGAGAUGGUGUUUUUGGAUUAAUUUACCAAUUGGCGGUCUAGCGUUUGCCUUCUUCAUCUUGUUCUACAACCCUCACGGUAGUGACCAAACUUUUGUCGGGUAUGUGACAGAUUUCUUCAAACAAGUUGGUGGCUGGUUGAAAAACUCAGGCAAACUAUUGAAAUUAUCUACUUGGAGAAUGAUUGUUCAUGAGUUGAUUUACAAAUUUGAUAUCAUUGAAUUUGCUCUAUGUACAACUGGUUUGGUCCUGAUCCUCCUGGCAUUAAGUUUCGGCGGUAACAAGUAUGCUUGGAAUUCUGGCUCUACGAUUGCAAUGUUUGUCAUUGGUAUAUUGGUUACGAUCCUCGCUUUGGUCUACGAUUUUGCCAUCUUCCCCCGUUUGAAAGUCGUCAGGGAAAAUCCACGUUAUCAACCAUUGAUCCCAUUGAGAGUGGCGAAAAAGUUCUUCAUUUGCGUCAACAACAUUGCUGUUUUCUUCGUCUGUAUGGCUUUCAUGGCGCAGGUCAAUUAUAUCAUCCAAUUUUUCCAACUGAUUUACAAUGAGACCGCCUGGAAGGCAUCGAUUCAUGUUAUUGCAUGCGUGGUUCCAACAGUGAUUACUGUUAUUACAAGUGGUAUUUUGAACAGUAAAUUUGGUAUCGUGAAACCUAUAAAUGUGCUGGGUAUUACCGCUGCUAUUGUCGGUGCUGGUUUAUUAACGCUAUUGACGAACAAGUCUACAAAUAGCGAGCACAUAGGUUUGCUAAUCCUUCCUGGUGUUGCUUUCGGGGCCACUAUGCAAAGUACCUUGAUCGGAAGUCAGAUUCAGUUGGACAAGAAGAGCACACAUUAUCGUAUGGAUUUCAUCGCAGUGACAACAAUGAACAAUUUCCUAAAAAAUUUGGGUCAAGCAUUCGGUGGUGUGCUUUGUAACACCGUCUUCACUACCUCCAUUCUAAACAAAUUGAAACAAAACGAUAUUACUAUCGGUGACCAUACGACUUCCGAUGCGUUAAUCAGUUACAGGGCUUCACAUUUUGAUGGAUCAACAUCCUUGCUGGGUAACUUAAUCAGUGACUCUAUCAAGAAUGUCUUUUACAUGUGCCUGGGCUGCGCGGCCAUUGCAUUCAUCUUUGGCAUAUUCUCUUCCAACAAGAAGAGUGAACUGCACAAGCCAACUUCCGAUACCCAAAAGGAAACAUCCUCGGAUGAUGCACAAGAAGAAGAGCCAAAAUAA